CGACAUUAGAGGCGGGGGUUCGGUUGUCACCCAGAUUAUGGAGGUUCAGCGUAGAGGCCUGAGGUUGUUGAAUAGUCACGAACACAUUGAGUCAAAGAAGGUACAGCCAUCAGUUGUGAAGAAUCCCGGAAUCAUACUCGCUAAACAAUAUGCUAAGAAACCAGUCUCCAGCAAAUCCGUUGUUAACAAAGCCGCACCGUUCAUUAUUUUCCAGGACCCUAUUGAAAUUCGCUGCCAGCACUGUGGUGCCUUGCGUUCUAAAAUCGCUCAGGAUCAACCUCUUAGCUUUUCCAAGGAGUGUAGAGAGAUAGCUACCCAAUCAGAAGACACAGACUUGGAUACUUGGUUGUGUUCAGAGCGACCACCGGAAAAGUAUUGGGAAGCUCUCGCGGAAGAGAGGCGGGUAGCUCUAAAGGAAACUUUAGAUGAAAAUAUGGAGCUCUGUGCACUCGUCGAAAAACUGAACCUUGAAAUCGAAAGGCUAAGUGCUAUCGCUUCACAUGCUGAUCACUUUGCUGCAGUUUAUAAUACGUUCAAAAAUCAAGAAGCACACACUAAUCACGCAACAAAACUUCGAGAUUCCAGCUGUGAACCUAACCCAACGUAAACGUUUCCUAUCGGACUAACAACCUUAGUGAAAAGCUUGUAACAAUAGAUUUUGUGAUUAUUUUUGUAUUUGUGUAUGAUCUUGUGAUACUAAUAGAUGUUAUUUAUGUCUUCUAUUUUGUACUGGUAUGCUAAUAGUUCUGUGA